UUUUAUCCAAAAUGGCGACGACCAUUGAUUUCCUGCACUAUUUAAAGUAAAUAUUGACUCAAAACGCUUAAUGAAUAAUGUCAGUUAGCCAUUUAUCGUAUUUAUUAUUUGUUUAAUGGAUAUCAACUGUCUUAGCCACUGUCAAAACUGUACUGAUAUGAAAGUGAAAUUGUGAUGCCCGAUUGACAAGAAAGAUGAAUUAUGUUGGAAGUAUAUCGAUCAUUGACCGAGGGGAUGCCCCGGCAAAGGCUAUCAUUGACAAGAACACCCGGUCUCUGGCACAGAGAGUGGCAGAUGAGACUAAAGAAGAACUGGACAAAGUUAUGGACAGGGUGGACAAUAUCUAUGUGUCCUAUGAAAUGUCUACCCAGACCAUGUUUGGUGAUCCAAGAGGCUCUCCUAAUGUAGAAUACAUUGAGGACAUUAAAGAACUAGAAGAGAUUAUUACAGACACUGUAAAGAAGAAGAAAUAUCAACAACAGGUGACGGUGUUUGUUGUUGGUUUCCAAGAUGUGUGCGCACAGAAAAUGCAGCUUCUACAACAAGUUAAUCAGUUUUUCUUGGACAAUUCUAAGCUAGAUGAGGAUGAACUAGUGGAGGACAAACCAGAGAUUGACCUUGAGGAGGCCUCAAACAAGGUCCAUGAAUCACUGUCCAAUGCCGAGGAACUGGCAAAGAAGCUGAGUGAUUUGAACCAGGAUAUUAUAGAGUGGCUGGUUAAUUAUGCUAACACUAAGGCCAGCAACAAAGCAGGGAGUGGAUUAGUUUCAUAUGAAAAAGGCAAGAAAAGGUUGGAGAAGAAUUUAGAGUCGGCCAAAAAUGAACUCACUGACCUGAGUGAAAAAUUACUCAAGCUUCAAACAGAACUUGAAGAAAAAGAUGAAAAAUUUCAACAGGUUGCUAAGCAACUGGAAGCUAAAACGCAAGAAGCUGUGCGAUAUAAAACAGCUGCUGAAGUUGCUAAGAAAAGUGCACAGGACAAUGAGGCCCAUACUAGUGUUCUACAAGAGGAAAUUACAAGGAGAGAUGAGAAAAUUGUAGAAUUACGUACAAAAUUAUCUCGUUUAGAGAUAAAUCUCACAGAGAGUCAGUUUGAUAAAGAAAUGUCCACCAGGAAGUUAGAUAAUGCUCAAGCCCAGACCAAGUUGUUUGAAAUAGCAGGGGAAUAUUAUGUGGAUGACGAUAGACUAGGACCUGAAAAGCUUGCCAAGUUACAAGAGGAAGUGGAGACUAAGAAAAUGGCAGUUGGGGAUGCUGAGAGAGAAAUGGAAAAGCUGCACAGAGAACAGUUGAGCAGCAUGCACAGGUCACACCAGCAGGAGAUUGAGGAGCUGAAGAAGGAACAUGAAGAGGAAAUUGUCAAGCUGACUGAUGAGGUUUUCAGUCUCAGGGAGGAGAUGAAAUUGGCGGAACAGCAGGCUCUUGAAGCUAACGGGCAUACAGAGGAAUUACGUGCACAAUUAAUUGAACUUCAAUUACGUGAAAAUACGAAGGAAAAUAUUGAGAACCCGCUUUCACGCGGGUCGUCAGCAAAUUCUGGGAAGUCUAUUGGUGAACUCUCUGCUAGUGAAGAUGAGCAUUCUUCCAGACAGAUUGGUUUAUACACAUUGUCCCCAGAUGAGAGUAUCAGGCCUCUUUCAUCUUAUAGUACCAAAAAGACAGCAAGUUAUUUGUCUGAUAGUAGGCAGAGCAAUAAGGACACAAAGAAGAGGGCGGAGUCACUAAAACCCUCGAAACCUCCGUCCAAAUCACCAAACAGAAACUUAAAAGAGAAGUCAGGCAGGAGUUACAAAGAUACGGCUGAUGUGUCAGUUCAGGAUGAAGGUGGAGAUGUUGCCAAGGCGUAUGUGGAGAAAUCAAACGAACAAAGUCGGCAGACAACACGACAGAAGAAUCUUGAGACCGUGAUCGAGGGAGACGGGACAGAAUUUCCCGAUUCAUUUGACCUUGACGAUGAGGAUUCAUGGGGCUCUGUACCACCUCAGCAUUUACCAGGUAGAUUUCUACAGUACAGACAAUUGGGAAGAAGUAAAAUCAAAGAGCUGGAGGAACAACUACAAGUGACCUUGACUAAAACACAUCGCAAGGUGAACUCAUUGAAGAGUCAAUUUAAUGAGCACAAGAGUAAAUGGGAAGCGGAGAGGAAGAUUUUGAUAGAGCAGGUGGAGCAGGCACAGAAGUUGCAGACGGACGCGGAGAAAGAAGCAGACGCAGCCAUGACCCAACUUGAAGAAUUCAUCAACGAGCAAGAAAAACUGGAGGACGAAGAAGAACAGAAGAGACAGGAUAUUAUCAAAACCAUGUCGAGGCCUGGCACAGUGAAACAGACAACUCCUACAGAGUCUAAAAAGGAAGCAAAACCAGAAGAGCAAGGUCAAGGUGAAGGACUGCAGACGGAAAAUUCUGAACAAGAGUUAACAAACCUGAUGCAGCAGACAGAUGAUGCUAAAGCUCGUAAGAAUGCGCGGCAGACUGGAGCUAUAUCAGCGCCACCUGCUGUGGAACCGGACAAUGCUCAGAAGCCGGAGUCAGACAAGGAGGCGGUUCAAGAGGAGACUACUGCUAAAUACUCCUCCCUUUCUACAUCUAGCCCCGCCUCUCGUAUUCAACCCAGGCUUUCUGCUAAAUCUAAAAGCUCUGCCCACACUGAACUUCAGCACCCUAAAUCUCCAUCUACUUUUGGUCGAGUCUCUCCUGAAACUAUAAAUAGAGCAUCUCCUGUUGCUAUAAAUAGAUCUCCAAGGACUACUGCCACUCCUGGCACUAUGGUGUCAGAUGUGCAGCGCCCUGUGUCAAUCUCUUCUGUACAACCCAGAAUUUGUGAUUCUCCUCCUACUUUGCCUAAAACUCCGCCUCCUCAUUUCCAUAAAGAGACACAGACAGAUGAUUUGCUGGCCCAGAUUGAGUAUGAGCCGGUCUCCGGCAACACCGAGGAUGAGGUAAGACAGUCGUCUGCUAAGAGCCGGGCAUCACUUCGUAGUCAGUUUAAAUCUCGCUUGGACGAGACGCGACAGGCUGUUGAGGAUAGACGUACAAAAUCUCCGGUUAUUUCGUUACCACCUCAUAAAUCUAUAGAUGAUGAAUUAAUCAUAGAAGAUGAUGAUGACCUGCCUAUACCUGAUGAUUUAAAAGAGGAGGUAUUUAUGAGGGAAGACACACUAGAUGCUGGUACGUCUCCACCCCCUAGUAAACAAGAGGUCAACAGGAAAAUCAGUGUAGCUUCUAGAAAAUCAACCAAUUUAUCAGAACAUCCACUAGUUAGUGAAUAUUUAAGAGCAUAUACGGGAAUCCAUAACUUUAAGGAGGCAAUGAGCAGAGUGCUGGUUGAUAAAGAUCAAAUGUCUGCCAGCCAGAUUCUGACAGAUUUAGAUAUUUUACAGUUCAAUAAGGACGAUAAAGUUGUGCCGCAAAUCUCCAACAUGACAGAAAAUAUCUAUUAUGUAUUAAAUGAGGUUUCUCAAGUUAUCAACAGCGUGCUACAAAAUGACAGGGGUCCAGUGGUUUCCUCAUUAAUGAUGGGAAUGUCAAGGGACGCAACUCAACGAACUAUAAUGCGGGAGAAAUCAGGGGUAACGGCUGACGCGUUAGAGACACGAGGCAGUCAGAGGACGGUCUCGACGAAGGCUGGCAGUGUUUCGACCGACGCGGCUCAGUAUCAAGAUCUCCAAGCUCAGUAUGAGAAAUUACAGAAUCAAAUGUCCGACGACAGUAAAAAAUAUGAGGAGCAGCAGAAACACAAUGUGGUUGUCAUGAUGGAAAUGCAGGACACUAUUAAUCAACUUCAACGAGAAUUAUCUGCCCUUGGCAAGCAGACACGACGACCAGUUUCGGCAAGUGCUUCUACAGCUGGUAUACAGAAUACUGACUCGGCUAUUAUGUUUACGCGUCUUGACUCAGAGAGGAACGCCAAAAUCAUGAAGAAAGCCGUGAACGAGAGGAAACUUGAUGCUAAUAGAUAUAAAGAAGCCAUGGUACAGAUGGAUGAAUAUGUCAGCUUGCCAGCUCAACGUUUAGCACAUCUCGUCAGGAAAUACGUUCACCACUGCCGUAUGAAAGACAUUGAAGAAAAUGUACAGAAAAGUCAAAGUUUGAAUGAGAAUGUGUUUGAGCUGUUUGAUAAAAUGGAAGCCUUGCAGAAUCACAGGGCAAAGAGAUGGGCAGAACGUAUGGACGAGAUGGGGUCAGAAAGGUACAGACUGGCUAACAUGUUGAUGGAGACGCUAGACAGUAUCGAGCAGGAGUCGGGACUUUUCCUUAUAAAACCCAUGUAUUCCUACAGGGGAAGGGAACCAAAAGAGCAAUUGUAUUCCGGAAAAAUAACCCGCCCUUUCCGACCACACAGAACACUCUCGCCUCUGAGAGACAAUAACAGUGCUCACGCUCCAGCCCCGACUCCAGCAUCUAAUGUACGACCUCGUAACAUGGCUAGGAGGGAUGAUCAGAAUGUGGGUCAAGGUCAAUAUGAGGUCAGGGGGCCUCUAGAAGGUGACAGUACUGGUCUGAUGGGUUCAUCUGUAGGCUACAUGGCAGCUCAACCAGGUUCUACAUGGAAGAUGGCCGAUUCACAUCAAGGAAUCAACAACCCUUAUUUAGGAAAUGUGAACACUCCCAGAAUCCUCGAGCUUGACAUCAACAGAAUGAUGAUUGGUCAAAAUACAAUAAGUGCUCAGAUUGGAUCUCAAGGAUUGAGUAAUGACAGACUGGUAAAUGCCGCCAAUAAUAAUCUCCGGGCAUAUAUGACAGUGAACCGACCUGGACCGAACUCUGCUGGUAAAGCAGACCGCCCUCACUCAGGAUCACGACAGACCACCCGCCCAUCUUCCUCACCAACCAAUCACAGUGCAUCUACAGCAAAACGAGUGCGGUUAUCUGACGUAGAUAUACCUGUUGUCAUGUCACAGAGUCAGCCUCUACCUCCGAUAGGCGUUAACCAGGAGACUCCGAGGACUGGUAGCAGUAAAGGUAGACAGUCACCCCCUAGAAGUAAGUUUUCAUCGAAUAAAGGGAGAUUAUAA